AUGCUUCAGGAGCAUAUGAAGGAUACAGGGUUUAAAGGUGGGCAGAGUUUAAUACCACUCGAUGUCAAAUCCUUUGAUAUUCUUUGCACAUUUUGGUUGGUUUCUGUGACUUCGCCACUUGAUUUAACGAAGCCCCCAGCCAUUGAGGGCUUUACUCCUUUGCCCAAGCCUAAUGAGAAAGGGUUUGGGGACAAAUUCAUCAGGAGAACGAAGGACAAUCCAUUUGUUCCGAUUAGAGUGCUGGGUAUAGCAGGCACCCUUACUUAUGGUUUGAUUGGUUUCAAACAUGGCAAGACUCAACAGUCCCAAAUGUUAAUACAUGUUGGAAUCUUUGCACAAGGUUUCACUGUUGCUGCUGUCCUGGUUGGCAUGGUAGCUACUGCAAUGAAGUGCAAAGAAAAGUGA